UUCCUUUAUUCUGGUUUACAGGACACUGUCCUCCCCAAUACUUUUUUCCCCCCUAAUCCAACAGCCAAGUUUCUGAAUCUUAUUCACCAUGCCGCACUGGAGCCAACCAGGAAAUACACAGAGCCACAGACAGAGAGCCAGGAAAUUGGCUGGAACACCACUCCUUUGAUUAGUGUGGCCCGCACUGACCGCAGACUCUACUUCCCAUGCCGGAACAGUGAGAUCACCAAGUACAUGGCUGCCAUGUGGCGCCUGAAGGAGCAGAGUGAGAACAUGCAGUAGGGUGGUAGUAGCAACAUUGCUUUGCUAGGCAGAGUUGUGUGGUGUUGGAGUUUCUAAACAAUGUUGCCACCUCCUCAUUGCCAUGGGUAGCCCUGUAGAUUUCUGAGCAAGGGAGGAGGAAUCUCCAGCUGGGCCAUACCUCCUGGAAGCUGACAGCUGUUACAGAAAUAAACCCAUGUGAAAGUUC